AUGUACAUAAUCGUUCGACCGCAAAGGUCCUAUGGCCCGGUACAAAGCGCCAUCGCUGUCCUGAACCUCCUCUCGCUCCUUGUGGGCAUGAUCCUACUCUUUGUGGGCACAUUUGUCUAUUUUGCGCCUGCCGCAAUCUUUGUCACCUCAACCCUCCUGCCACACCUAAUCUUGGUCCUCGGCGCCACAAUCUCACUGGUCUCCUUCUUGGGGUACUAUGGAGUCAUGAACGAAAAGCGCUGGAUCCUGUGGGUACACGGGUUGAUCCUGUUGAUUGCCAUUGCACUCCAGAUCACUGUCGGCGCUAUUGCGUUCGUCUACCGAAACCAGGGAACUGAGGUCUUGGACGAUGCCUGGGACCGGGUCUUCCGUUCUGACCCCCGUGUCAUCCUUGACCUUGAGAGCUUUUUCCAAUGCUGUGGAUUUGAGCAUGUGUUGGACAGACCUGUGCCCAUCACCUGUGCCAUUGACCGUCGCUACACUACCGGAUGCCGAGAUAACAUCCAGACCGCCUUCCAGGACAGUCUGCAAGCCAUUGGCGUCAUCGGAGCCAUUCUUGGAGGCAUUGAGUUGGUCUGCUUGCUGGGAGCAGCGGUGUUGUUCCACCGAUUCGACAAGCAGAGAUAUCAGCGAGAACGCGAUGAUGGUGAGGGAUCCCUGGUCAGGGCACUGUUGGAUGCUCAGCAGAUCGACCAACACAUUGAGCAGGCUCGUUUGCAGCGGGAGCGUCAGCUGCAGUAUGAGGUGUUGGCAGGACAGGUCCGAGCACAGUCUUUGGCGCGAGCUCAGCAGGAGGGUCUUUUGAAUGAGGAUCUUGGAAGUGGAAGCGGAAUUGGCAGUGGAUUGGCACGCGACCCUCCACCCUAUGGCACGUUUGACAAUUCGUCUCGCAAGCCUAAGAACUCGAGGAAUGGAGGUUACUAA